AUGUUUGUUAGAUAAUUAAAUAGAAUAUUUGAAAAAGAAGAAGAACUAGAAAAAUAAGAUAGAUAAAGAAAGGAAUUACAAGAAUAAAUUGCUAAAAAACUUAGAGAACUUCAAUAAUAGAGUAUAGAGAAGGUCAUUAAACUAAUUUAGAGCAAACUAAUCGAAAGAAAAGAGUGA